CUCCGUCAUGUCUGCCAGCACCGCCGGCUACAUCUGGUCCCUGGAGGACGUCCUGGGCCAAGGAGCCACCGCCAGCGUCCACAAGGCACGCAACAAGAAAACAGGGGAGCUGGUGGCGGUGAAGGUGUUUAACGUGGUCAGCUACAGCCGUCCCUACGAGGUCCAGAUGAGAGAGUUCGAGAUGCUACGCCGACUCAACCAUGUCAACAUCGUCAAGCUCUUCACCGUCGAGGAGAUGCACUUGAACCCAAAGCAGAAGGUUCUAGUGAUGGAGUACUGUUCUGGGGGCAGCCUGCUGAACCAGCUGGAGGAACCGGAGAACGCCUUCGGCCUUCCUGAAGCAGAGUUCCUCAUCGUGCUGCAGUGUGUGGUGCAUGGGAUGAACCAUCUGCGGGAGAACGGGGUGGUGCACCGCGACAUCAAGCCGGGCAACAUCAUGCGGCAGGUGGGGGAGGACGGGCGCUCCGUCUACAAACUCACCGACUUCGGAGCCGCGCGCGAGCUGGAGGACGACGAGAAGUUCAUGUCCAUCUACGGCACCGAGGAGUACCUG